CAACGAUUCUGGGUGCAACUUUAUCAAUUUGUUUAUUUUUUAAGUUUAUCAUAGAACUUACGACUACGGCUAUAACCGGCUUUACAUAAAUAAAAUUAAUUAAAAAAACAAUGAGUUUUGUGUAAAGUUUCAAAGUAAUUCACAAAUCUGUCUUCCUAAAAUGGAAUGUUACGUGGUUAUAUCUUUUAUUGGUGAAGGAUCCUUUGGUCGUGUGUUCAAAGCAAAACAUAAAGAAACCGACGCUGUUGUAGCUUUAAAAGUUAUAAGGAAGAAAGGUAGAUCAGUAAAAGAUUUGAAGAAUCUGAGACAAGAAUGUGAUAUACAAAGGCAGCUGAAACAUCCAAAUAUAAUUCGUAUGAUAGACAGCUUUGACACAGAUUCAGAAUUGGUUGUAGUCACCGAGUAUGCAGAAAAGGAAUUGCACAGCAUCCUGGCAAAAGAAGGCUGUUUAAAUGAAGACAAAGUAAAGAAAAUUACUUGGGAUUUGGUCUCCGCUUUAUAUUAUCUGCAUUCACAUAGAGUACUUCACAGGGAUUUAAAACCACAGAAUGUGCUACUGGACAGUUCAGGACGAGCCAAGCUCUGUGACUUUGGUCUAGCCAGGAUCAUGACAAAUGCGACACAUAUUCUGACCUCCAUCAAAGGUACUCCUUUGUAUAUGGCACCUGAACUAAUUGAAGAGAAGCCUUAUGAUCAUCAGGCAGACUUGUGGUCCUUAGGAUGCAUAGUAUAUGAGUUGAUAGCGGGCCAGCCACCCUUCUGUACCAUGUCUAUAUGGCAGCUGGUGCGAAUGAUCAGACACAAGCCUGUCCAAUGGCCUAGUUUCAUCAGCUCAGAUGCCAGAUCAUUUUUACAGGGUUUAUUGCACAAAGAUCCAAUGAAAAGGAUGACUUGGCCAGAAAUUUUGGAACAUCCAUUUGUUUUUGGACAUGUCACCAUUCUUCCCGAAGAUGUACAAAGUGAAUCUCCUUUUACGAAACCUUUGUCGUACAGUCAACAAGAAGCUAAACAGCUUCAAAGGGAAAAAGUUUGUAGUAAUACUAGGACAAUACCUGAACCAAAACAGACCCCAAAAGAACACGAUUUACGUAAUGUAAGAGUAAUGCAGGCAAUGGAAUGUGUUCCAAUGUCGGAUGACGAUAGCGUCAGAGCGACUAGCGCAUUCAGUGUGCGAGAUAGUCUAAAGACAGACGAUGAGGACCAAUCCCACCCCAUAACAGCAGAUAAUGCGAAACUACUUCGACAUGAGUACAAUGUCCUGAACAACUCCAAUCUUGUUGUUUGCAACCUAGAAAACAAUAUGGCGCAACUCAUGGCAGCUAACAAAAAACAAUCAGAUCUUAACAAAAUGGAUAAGAUAGACGAAGAAAAAAUAAAUACAGAGAAACAUGCGGAAGACAAGAAGCCUAUUAGUGCUAGUGAUAGUAAACGGGAAUUACUAGAUGCGAAGCAAAAAGUCAAAUCUAUAGACACAGCAUCGCAGAGUUUGGAACACCCCAAAAGUUCGACAAAAUGCAGCAGUGAAGUUAGCUCUGGGCUCAGCAAAAGCGUCCCGCCAUCAUACAAACAGAAAAUAUUGCAAUUUUCCCGUGACAAGCUCAGAUUUGGUAGUGGAGGAAACAAACUAACACGAAGUAUUAAAAGAUCCUUCCACUUUAGUAGAAGUUGGGAUAAAAAUAAAACUGAUACGCAAAGACGUACCAGUGAGCCGACUAUAGAGGUUUCAAGUCUAAUCGAUGAUAAGGAAAAGUGUUCCAAAGAAGAGAAAGAUCAUGAUAUUGAAAAAUCUGAAAUUAUUGAAGAGAUUUCUGACGAAAAAGAAAUUGCUGAUAAUGAUAGAAUUCUUAAAACUGACGACAAGAGUGAUGUCAAGGAGCCAUCUUCGAUUGAAUUGGAAGAGUGGGAAGCAUUCCUCAACUCCAACAUCAGUGAAGUAAUGGAUGGAGACGUGGAAUCUCUCACGCAACUUAACAUGGUAAGCAUGGUGAUAGGCGUAGUAGGUAGUGCAGCUAGAGCGAGUGGUGGGGGGCGAGUUUGUGGCGCAGUGGCAGCUUUACUAGCCCUACCUGCGCUGGCGCAUACAUUGCCCAGACAUACCCUGCUCAAUAUACAAGAUGUGUACCUUGAAGCUAAAGUUGUUUAUAACUUUGUAGCUGCAAUCAAUACUCUCAUGAAAGACAGCAAAUACAACGAUGAUGGGGCUCAAGAUAGAUUACAGGGCGUGGGUCGUAUGCUGGAGGUAUGCGCGUGGCUGUGCGUGCGCUCGUGUCGCGGCGUGAGACAGUUUGCCACUGCACUCACCGCUUACAACGCGCAUCCCGUCUUUACUAGGCUUCUAAUGCACUAUUCAAAAUCACCGCGCAUUGUUCUGAACAUUGUGGGUCUUCUUAUAACGGUGCUACAAGAUCUUCCCGAGCACGCGGACGUCGUUGAAAAGAUACUUUUUGAUGAAGAAAAAUUCAACUUCAUACGUUUAGUGGAACAACCGAGCGAUGCUUUGAGAAUGAGAGUUUGUAUACUAAUUAGUUUGCUCUGUACAUUCUCGUGUACCGCGUUUUCCGUUGCCAUGGAAACGAAGUGGAGUAAGAAAGAGACUGAAUCCAUAGAGGCGUUACACACUCACUGUAAUGUGGCUCUGAAUAGAGCGGCGCGAUUGGCCACAAAAGAGCUUAGCAAUAUGCCUUUUUAUGUUAGCUAGUUAUGAUGGGAUCAAUAGAAAUUUACAGAUUAAGAUUGAACAAAUAUUAAGAUUUUUUUAUAAACAAAUAAUAAAUGUUGUCAAGCUUUAUAUAUAACUUCUUAACAGAUUAUAUAGCUAUUGUAACGCAGCUAAAGGAAAUUCUAAAUAAAAAAAUCGACCGGGAAUUCACAAAGAAUCUCAGUAGGUAAUUUGGUAAGUAAAAUAAGUAUGUAAUAUAUUUCAUAAUGAUCUUUUUUAUAAUUCGUAAUACUCGUCAUAUAAUUAGUU